AUGUUUGUCCUGCGGAAUGUUGGAAAGCUGAUCUUCGGCUCCAGCGCCCAGGAAUCUCUCAUCGAGCUGCCCCAGGGCCAGCUGUACCUCGUUCGCCCCCUCUCCCCCAAAGGCUACUCGGAGCUCAUCUUCAAGGACGCUGCCAUCCGCAUCCGCCGCACGAAUCAAGAUUUUCACUACCAGCUCGUUGUACAACGCGCCUUUGAGGAAGGCGAGGAGGAGCUUCUCGCCGAGGAAGAGGGAGACGACGCUGAAAUUGACGCCCUCGCCAGCGAGCGCGACGAAAAGACCUUUUUGCUCGACGAGGCUCUGCACUUUCGAGUCGAGACCCGCGAAGGCGGCGAUAGCGUCAUUGCCUGGCGCGAUCUCAGUGGUGACACCGGUGACGUCUACGAAUUUGUUUGCGACGCCGCCGUUCCUGCCAACCAGCUCCAACUCUUCCUGCGCGCCGCCCAGGAGUGCCAAUACGAGCGCAAGUAUCGCAAGCCCAAUACCACCGCCUCCGACGAGGAUCUCCAGCAGUUUGAGUUUCACGAGGAGCUGCCCAUCCCGCCCGCUAGCCCCCUCAACAGCCCGUCACUCACCCGCUCCAUCGAUUCCACCGAGUUCAUGGCACCUACAACUCCGAGCAAGCAGCGCACGCCUGCCACUCCCGCAACUGUUCCCGUGGAGAGCAAGACGGCCGGCCCCGUCUACGAUGCCAGCAACCCGCCCAAGCCCAAGGAAAUUUACGCUAGCAUCUCUGCCGAGCUGCACGUCUACGACCCCCAGCCAGGCCACUUUGCCAUGGUCGACGACUCGGUAAUUGCCACCGUUUCCGAGGUUGGCCAGUGGGAAUACUGGCUGCAGAUAGAGGGCCAAAAGCCGUGGGUGGGGACGCCAGUUGUCUCUGACUUUAACCCCGUCUUUGAUUUCCAGUUCCUCUCAUUCGUCUUUAAUCACUUUAGCCCUGAUGGCACAGCUCGCUCUUGGCUGCUACGAUUCAAGGAUCAGCCCACUCUGGAAAGAUUCCAGGAAGCCAUUAUGCAGGCCAUUUGGGAAAGGCUCAACGAGACAAAGUGGGCCAAGAUUCAAGAAAAGGAACGCGAAUAUGUUCUCGACUCCAUGGGCGACCUCACUAUGGAGGAUGCUCCUCUUGUAGAGGAGGAAGAGGAAGAGGAAGAGGAGGAUGAGGUCGAUGAAGAGGGCAUUCGAAGCGACGCAUAUGAUAGUGACGAAGACGAGGAAGAGGAGCAAGAAAAGGAUGACCGCGAGAUCAACUCGCAACUCGCCGUCGGCUACAAACAUGACCGCUCUUUUGUCGUCCGUGGCUCCAAGAUUGGCGUCUUCUCACACACCAACGACAACCGUCUCAAGUUCUCCACCAACAUCUCCAAGGUCACCACCCCCAAGGGCAAGCUCAUGAACCCCAAAAAGGUCAUGCUCCAUGGCGAAGACCGCGAUCUCAUUAUCCAGAACAAUGUCGACCCGAACAAGCUCUAUCGCAUGGAUAUUGAAUACGGCAAGGUUGUUGACGAGUGGAAUGUCCACGAUGAUAUUCCCGUCAUCAACUUUGCUCCCGAGAAUAAAUUUGCCCAGAUGACCUCGGAGCAGACUUUCCUCGGUGUCUCCAACAAUGCUCUGUUCCGUGUCGAUCCCCGUCUCGCCGGCAACAAGCUUGUUGACUCGGACAUGAAGCAGUACGCCUCCAAGAAUGACUUUUCAUCUCUUGCAACCACCGAAAAGGGUUAUAUUGCCGUCGCCAGCAACAAGGGUGACAUUCGUCUCUUUGACCGUCUCGGCAUUCGCGCCAAGACCCAGUUGCCUGCGCUCGGUGACCCCAUUACCGGUAUGGAUGUCUCUGCCGAUGGCCGCUGGAUUCUCGGCACCACUCAAAACUACAUUCUGCUCGUCGAUGCCAUGCAAAAGGACGGCAAGAACGAGGGCAAGCUGGGCUUCGAAAAGGGUUUCUCGGCUGACACAAAGCCGCGCCCCCGCCGUCUGGCUCUUACGGCCGAGCAUGUGGCGCAAUUCUACCACGAGACGGGCAAGCCCAUUGCCUUCACCCCCGCCAAGUUCAACACGGGCGAGGGUGCCGAGGAGACGAGCAUCAUUACAGCCACGGGCCCAUACAUUAUCGAAUGGAACCUCAAACGUGUCCUGCGCGGCAUGAAGGCGCCAUACAAGAUCAAGCGCUACGAGGACGAGGUCAAGGCCGAUGAUUUCAAGUUUGGUUCCGACAAGAAUGUCAUUGUCGCUCUGCCCAACGAAGUCAACAUGGUGGCCAAGCAGAGCUUCCGCAAACCCACGCGCGAGAGCAUCAUCGGUAAUGUCCGUGUUUCCUCCGGCGGCCACAGAAGCUCGUCUGCGAAUAAAAUUGGCACGCCCUUGAGUAGCCGCUACAAGCUAGGCCGUGACGACAUUGUGAAUUCGCCAUACUGA